AUGGACUCCCCAUUUCCAAAGUCCUCGUCGGUUGCCGGCGAGGGCGAGAUCGUGGCUCAGCUGCUGCCGAACGGCCUCUCGGGUCUCAAAGCCAUGUCGUACCAGUACCCUCUGAAACUCAUCUCACCCACACCAGCAGCCGACCAGAAGAGUGUUUUGGUCUUUUUGUUGUCGUACGGCGGUGGACUUGUCGGAGGUGAUAGUGUCAAUCUGGCCAUUCGCGCUCUACCAGAAUCAAAGCUCAGCGUUGUUACUCAGGGUCACACAAAGAUUUUCAAGUCCGCAUCCCCCGACAUCGUCACACGUCAGACACUCGAGGUCCAUAUCGAAGACAAUGCCGGCAUCUGUCAGCUUCCAGAUCCAGUACAGCCUUUUAAUGGGAGCGUGUACGAACAGACACAGAUAUUCACAGCGGCUCCCAGCGCAUCUCUGUGUCUCCUGGACUGGGUGACGCAAGGCAGAAUGGCACGCGGCGAGGACUGGAGCUUUGUCAAGUGGACAGGGCGCAAUGAAGUCUGGUUGUCGGGAGAGAACCCAGAAAGCAAACCUCGCCUGCUCGUGCGAGACACGGUCAUCUUGGACAGAAAUAGCCAAGAAUUGGUCGGCAGGUCAUUAAGAGACUCUAUGCAUGGGAACGGGCUCUUUGGGACAUUGAUUCUUCGAGGACCGCAGAUGCACGCACUAGGAAACUUCUUCCUCGACGAAUUCGGGGUUUUGCCGCGGCUUGGCGCGAGGGAUUUCAGAUCGGCAGAGACAAAGGCCAAGGAGGAGAGCAACCUGACGGAUGAUGAGUUAUGGCGGGUGAAGCGCAUAGAGAUGGAGGCCAAGGAUGGCAUCUUAUGGUCAGCAGCGAAGGUCAGGGGAUGUGUCAUUGUGAAGUUCGGAGCGAGCACUGUUGAAGCUGGGCGGUUGUGGAUUGGCAGUAUGCUCAGUCGGGAGGGCAGCGUCGCAAGACUGUAUGGUGAACAGUCAUUGAUGUGUGUAAAAUGA